UAGGGCGCCGGCAAAAACUAAGACCACGCAAGGUAACUCGGUUUCGGGAAGCUCUGCCACGCCUCGGCACAAGCCGCCGCGCCCUGGAAUCCUCGCGCCGCGUGGGCGCCGGCGGGCUCAGAACAUGGACUGCGCCCGCCUCUGGCUAGGGCUGCUGAUGCCUGCGGUAGCUGCCCUGGACUUCAGCUACCACCACCAGCCAGAGAUGGAAGCGUUUCUGAAGAAUGUUGCCCAAAACUACAGUUCUAUCACUCACUUACACAGUAUCGGGAAAUCUGUACAAGGCAGAAACCUGUGGGUUCUCGUCGUGGGACGCUCUCCAAAGGAACACAGGAUCGGGAUUCCGGAAUUCAAGUACGUGGCAAAUAUGCAUGGAGAUGAGGCUGUAGGGCGGGAACUGCUGCUCCAUUUAAUUGAAUAUCUUGUAACCAGAGAUGGAAGAGACCCUGAAAUCACAAAUCUAAUCAACAGUACCCGGAUACACAUCAUGCCCUCAAUGAACCCAGAUGGAUUCGAAGCUGUUGUAAAGCCUGACUGUUUUUACAAUGAUGGCAGGGAAAAUAGUAACCUCUAUGACCUGAAUAGAAAUUUCCCUGAUGCUUUUGAGCUUAAUGAUGUACCGAGGCAGCCUGAGACCGUGGCAGUCAUGAAGUGGCUGACUACAGAGACCUUUGUCCUCUCUGCAAACCUCCAUGGUGGUGCCCUGGUGGCCAGUUACCCGUUUGAUAAUGGUGUUCCAGCCACUGGAACAUUAUACUCUCGAAGCUUAACCCCUGAUGAUGAUGUUUUUCAAUAUCUUGCAAAUACCUAUGCUUCAAGGAAUCCUGACAUGAAAAGAAAUUCAUGUAGAAUUAAAACAGGGUUUUCUAAUGGAAUUAUAAAUGGAUACUCCUGGUAUCCACUGAAAGGUGGAAUGCAAGAUUACAACUACAUCUGGGCCCAGUGUUUUGAAAUUACGCUGGAGCUGUCAUGCUGUAAAUAUCCUCGCAAGGAGAAGCUUCCAGGCUUCUGGAAGGAUAACAAAGAUUCGCUGAUUGAAUAUAUAAAACAGGUGCACAUAGGUGUAAAGGGCCAAGUUUUUGAUCAGAAUGAGACUCCAUUAUCCAAUGUAACUGUAGAAGUCCAAGACAGAAAACAUAUCUGCCCCUAUAGAACCAACAAAUUUGGAGAGUAUUACCUCCUCCUCUUGCCUGGAUCCUAUGUAAUAGAGGUUACAGUCCCUGGACAUGAUCCACAUCUCACAAAGGUGACUAUUCCCCCCAAAUCCCAGAACUUCAGUGCUCUUAAAAAGGAUAUUUUACUUCCAUUCAGAGGGCAAUUGGAUCAUAUCUCAGAAUCAAAUCCUUUCUGUCCCAGGAUUCCUCUUUACAGUGAACUGCAAGGCCACUCAGCUGCAACAAAACCCAGUCUGUUCUUAUUUUUACUGACUCUUUUUCACAUAUUGUUCAAAUAAAGCAAAAUGUGAAACUCAA